AAGUUUCAGUUUAUCGCGUCAAUUUGACGCGUUCUGUAAUUGUCUAUUUUGUGACGUCAGAAGCAACUACUAUUCCUGAUCUUAAAAUCAACAAUUUCUGUGAUUUCUCUCAAUACAAAGUGAAUAUGCAAUUUAAUGAAGGAACUAUUCAUGUUACUGAUAUCCCAUUACAAAUGAAGCCUGCUAAUAUCAAACAAGUUUUUGUCAAAUAUGGAACUGUUACCAAUUUUAAAAUGACAGUAAGAGGUAUGUGGCAACAUGCCUAUAUUACUUAUGAAAACCCUAAAUGUAUUGAACUAUUUUAUUAA